AUGGCCAAGUCACUGCGUGCUAGUUCCAAGCUCGCUGCCCGCAACCGCAAGCGCUAUACUGAUACCUCCGACUAUGCAGUUACUGCGGCGGCUCGUUUGCAAAUGGUGUCUGACCGAUUGAAGCAACGUAUUGCUAUGCCCAAAUUGUCUGAGCUCGAAGCUGAGGAUGACGACGAAGACAAAGAUAUGGAGGACGCAACGGCGAAGGAGCCGGCGUCUACAGACACUGCUGUGGACGGAGAAAUGCAGGUGGAAGAGGCACCGAAUAAGAAGAUCAGCACAUCAGGCCCCCGUGGCUCACGCAAUGAGCAAUGGCGUAAGGCCCGUGGUCUUCCUAUGCAUCGCAAAACGGCACGGAAGGCCGGAAAGGCCAAGCGCCGUAGGUAA